GUGCCUUUAAAUUGCUGCUUUCUGGAGGGUGCAUCUCAGGGGGAGAUGGGAGGGAGGGAAACAUCUUCAUACAGUCUCCCUCCCCCCUCUCCUCCAAGACUCUCCGGGGUUUAGAGAGUGAUUGCUUCCCAAAAAGAAUCUCCUUCAGCACCCCGGCAGGCAGGCAGGCAGGCUGAGGCCCUCCGGAGCCCCAGGCGAGCUCGAGCAGGAGCCAGUGGUUAUCUGUGUCAGGAUCACUUCCAGGGGGAUAGUUCUGGCCCCCUGACUGAGAGGGACGGGGCAAAGAAGAGAGAAGAGGGGAGGGAGCACGCCACUCCUAGCCCGGACCCCUCAGGCGAGAGCUGCCUGAGCAGGAAGAAGGAUCUGUACUUUCGGCGUUCCUGCCCAGGGUAUCCCCUCUCACCUUGGCAGCCAGGCUGAGAAAAGGACUCCAGGGUCCCCACAGGAUGACAACUCUCAAUCCAGCAACCCUCUCUUUCCUUCUCCUCUGGACCCUGCCAGGGCAGGUCCUCCUCAGGGUGGCCUUGGCAAAAGAGGAAGUCAAACCUGGGACCAAGGGGUCCCAGCCCAUGUCCCCCUCUGAUUUCCUGGACAAGCUUAUGGGGCGAACAUCUGGGUAUGAUGCCAGGAUUCGGCCUAAUUUUAAAGGCCCACCUGUGAAUGUGACCUGCAAUAUCUUCAUCAACAGUUUUGGCUCCAUCACUGAGACUACCAUGGACUACCGGGUGAAUGUCUUCUUGCGACAGCAGUGGAACGACCCACGCCUGGCCUACCGAGAAUAUCCUGAUGACUCGCUGGACCUCGAUCCCUCCAUGCUGGACUUGAUCUGGAAGCCAGACCUGUUCUUUGCCAAUGAGAAAGGGGCCAAUUUCCAUGAGGUGACCACAGACAACAAGUUGCUGCGCAUCUUCAAGAAUGGAAACGUGCUCUACAGCAUCAGGCUGACUCUCAUUUUGUCCUGUCCGAUGGACCUCAAGAACUUCCCCAUGGACAUCCAGACCUGCACGAUGCAGCUGGAGAGCUUUGGCUACACCAUGAAUGACCUCAUGUUUGAGUGGCUGGAAGAUGCUCCUGCUGUCCAAGUGGCCGAGGGGUUGACUCUGCCUCAGUUUAUCUUGCGGGAUGAGAAGGAUCUAGGCUAUUGUACCAAGCACUACAACACAGGGAAAUUCACCUGCAUCGAGGUAAAGUUUCACCUGGAACGACAGAUGGGCUACUAUCUGAUUCAGAUGUAUAUCCCCAGCCUACUCAUCGUCAUCCUGUCCUGGGUCUCCUUCUGGAUCAACAUGGAUGCUGCCCCUGCCCGAGUGGGCCUAGGCAUCACCACUGUGCUCACCAUGACAACUCAGAGCUCUGGCUCCCGGGCCUCUUUGCCUAAGGUGUCCUACGUGAAGGCAAUCGACAUCUGGAUGGCCGUGUGCCUGCUAUUUGUGUUCGCUGCCCUGCUGGAGUACGCUGCUGUCAAUUUUGUCUCUCGUCAGCAUAAGGAAUUCAUUCGACUUCGAAGAAGGCAGAGGCGCCACCGCAUGGAGGAAGAUAUCAUCCAUGAAAGUCGCUUUUAUUUCCGUGGCUAUGGCCUGGGCCACUGCCUGCAGGCAAGGGAUGGAGGUGCAAUGGAAGGUUCUGGCAUUUAUAGCCCCCAACCUCCAGCCCCACUUCUAAGGGAAGGAGAAACCAUGCGAAAACUCUACGUGGACCAGGCCAAGAGGAUUGACACCAUUUCCCGAGCUGUCUUCCCUUUCACUUUCCUCAUCUUCAACAUCUUCUACUGGGUUGUCUAUAAAGUGCUACGGUCAGAAGAUAUCCACCAGGCACUAUGAAUAGGAGCUUAAGAGUCCAGUUGUUGGCUUCCUGCUUUCUCCUUGUGGGCUUUCCCUCUCCAGUAGAUUCCAUCAAGGGCUUGGACAGCUCCUUCCUGAUCUCUCACUCAGAACUUCAACAGCCAAUCCCAAAGCUAUGUGGAGCUACAAUGCAUGGUGCCAAUGGUGGCUGUACUUAGAAAGAUGGCUCACCUAUCUUCAUCCAGAUUUUCUCCAUACUAUUCCAUUUCUCAUGAAAGUAAGGUUUGGCUAUGUUCUUGUGGCCAGGAUAACCCUGACUGGAGCUUCUCUGCUUUUCAGUUCUCUGGUAGAGGAUAUUCAGAACACUGCUACUAGAUUCUGGCAUUUAUCAUCUUAAUCUGCACCAAUCUUUCCCCUGCCACCUCCUACCCAGAGUCUGACCUUUACCAUGCCCUCUGUCCCUCCAACCAUGGGUCAAACAGGAAUCUUUCCCAUCCACAAGUGCUGCCCUGUGUGACUUAGUCAGAUUUCCUUGACCCUGGGAGGAAGGCAAGGGGACAGAUUCCCCACUACUCAGUGAGAUUGAACAGUCAUCGGCUACACUGGGGUAAGGCGUUGCUAUACAACCCAACAGAGAGGUCUUCAAGUUUCCUUGGAACCUCAACACU